AUGGAGGAGAUGACAUGCCCUGUUACGGGAUGCAUGAUUUGGAGUCCUAUCAUUAAGAAUGAGAAGUUUUCCAGAUACCUUUCAGAUUUUAGGGAGUUGAAUUUGUUAGGAAAAGGUGCAUUCGGUUGCGCCUACAAAUGCCAGCACAAGAUUGAUCAAAACUUCUAUGCCAUCAAAAUGGUCCCAAUCGGUGGUCUAAACAAAAUGAGCUUUGAGACAGUCAUUAAGGAAGUUCAUGCGAUGUGCAAGCUUGAACAUUCCAAUGUUGUCCGCUAUUACACGUCAUGGGUAGAGCCACCUACUUUUGGAAUUUCCGAAGAGAGCUCAUCACAACAGCCUGAUGUUCCCCAUUUGUACAUACAAAUGGAACUCUGUGAGAGAUCCAUAGAAGAUUUGUUGCGUGAAGAUGGAAAAUUGGAUAAGAAGACGUACUGGAAAAUUGUCAUGGGUAUCAUGCAAGGCUUGGAAUAUCUCCAUGGAAAAGGAUUCAUCCAUGGUGAUUUAUUGCCUUGCAACGUGUUCCUCCUGCAUAACGGAGAAGCAAAACUAGGCGACUUUGGACUUGCUAAAAGCUUUGAUGCUGAGCAUGAGAUGAAGGACCUGAAAGCUGCUAAAGAUAUAACAGUGGAGAUGUUGAGAGCAAUAGAUCCGAACUUGAAGAAUGACUUGAACAAAACAGUCAAAAAGAUUUUUUAG